AAAAUCGUAAACUAAGAAUUGUAAAAAUAAAAUAAUACUAUUUAAAUCUAACUUUUUUUAAUGAAUUACCAGUCGACUAGGAUAAGAGCAUAAAAUAACGUUUCAUUAUCUUAAAAAUCAAAUACUAGCAGGGUUUUUUCUCAUAAAUCAUCAAUAGAAAACAUACCAAUCUAGAUUCUCUAAUAAUAAUUAAACACAAAUUAGUCUCCUCAUUUCAAAUAAAAUAAAAGUUAAUAUUCUUUUAUGGAUAGCAUUUAGAAUACAAAGUCUCAUAAAGUUUAUAGACAAGGAUAAAGCUCAUUAAGUUCCUUAAAAAUCCUAUAAAAUACUGAUUCUAAAAGAAAUUCAUUUUGCUUGUAGCAACCAUAAAUUUAUCCUAUAAAAAUUAUGGAAAAAAAUCAUCUUAAAAAUUUAAGCCAUUAUUCUCCUUUGUAAAGCUAAAAUAAUCUACCUUAAACACCCUCAAAUCAAUCAAUCAUUAUUAGAAAUGAAUCAUAAGAAAAUAUAGAUGGCUUGAAUAUUAGUAAAGAAAAAGAAAGCAAAAAUAAUUAAUAGGGAAUAAUUAAGGAUUUAGAAAAUAAAGUAGAAGUUCUUUAAAGUUAGAUUAAAGAAUAAUGUGAUAAAUUAGAGGAAUAUUAAAAAAAAUUUGAAACUUUGUAAAAAAUUGUUGAUUCUUAAGUGAGUUAGAUAUAACUUUAAUAAUCAUAAAAUAAGUCUUUAGAAGAAGAGAUUGAAAAAUUAUAAGAGAUAGUAUUAGAAAAACAAUAAUUAUUAGCUUCACUAUAAAAUGAAUAAUAGCCUCAAACUAUCAAAGUUGAGGAGUUUGAAGCAGUAAAACUUGAAAGAGAUGAACUUAAAAAAACCAUGAAUAAAAUUAUGGCAAGUGUUGAAAAAGUCCUUCAAGAAAACUAAUAAUUAAAUGAAUAGAAUUUGGAAGCAAGUAAAUAAAAAUAACUUUGCAUCAGCUUAUAAGAGUAGCUGAAUGUAAAAGAAAAACAAAUACUAUAAUUUAAUUAACAUAUUGAAGCAUUGAAUGAAAAUCUUUUUAAAGAAUUGAGCUUUUUAUAAUAAGAAAAAGAUUAGCAAACACAAGAAAUAGAAAAGCUUAAAAAUUAAUUGUAAAAUUAAAAAGAAUAAAAUUAAGAAAUAAAUUUGGAAAUUAUCUAAAUGAAAGGCUAAAAAUAAUAUAUUGAAAUGAAUAUGCCUAAAAUUUUAGAUUAAAAUGAAGAUUUGUAAAAAAAAAUUGGAUUUUAUGAAUAAAGAAUUAAAACUUUAGAAAUUCAAAUAGAAAAGCUAGGACAUGAAAACUAAAAUUUAGUUUUAUAAAUAAAAGAAUUAUAGGAAAAAUAAGAGAAUGAAAUUAUAUAGUAAGUAGAUGAAUUAGAAUUGCGAAUCUUAGAUUUAGUUUAAGAAAAUUAAUCAUUAAGCUUUUUAUUAUAAUAAUAAAUUAAGAUUUAAUAAAAAUAAUUAGAUAACUAAAUUUGA